ACAGCUUUCAUAAAUGGCGCACUGCUAUUCAGUUCAUGUCGCUGUAUGCAAAGGCGAUGUUGUGACAUUGCAGAAGGGGCUGAUGAUGAUGUCCCUCGAUAACCCCGAAAUCGGAAUCGUGGGAUUCUGCGGACGUCCGAGUAUAAGAGGUUAAGCGCCCAGGGACUGCUCUCUUACAGCUAUCACAAGUAUCUCCCAUGGGCAGUUUGGAAGCAAUUCGUCGACGGACGAUGGCCAGCCAGCCUCAGUGGGGAGACAUUCCCGGCUGGGAUCGAUCGAGUCCGGACAAAUUGCCUUCGUCACGUGCCGAGACCGCCCAUUCUUGCUCAGAUUGCGACGCGUCUACCGGCCCUGCCAGUAUCGAAAUGGGUACGGUCACCAAGAUACGACCUGAUUGUCAUGAUUUUUCUUUUACCACCAGAGACUGGUCUCUAGAAGGUCUCUUGAAACAGGGAAAACGAUUCUUCCCGAUACCUCGAGUGUCCGCAGUCGGCGGCCAGUCCUUGGAGGAUAUACUGCAGCGAUAUGACGGCGAUACGAAGCCCUUGGUCAUUGAGGGCUGGCACAAACACCCUGGAUGGCUAGGCCAGAAAUUCAGCCUUGAAUGGCUCAGAGAGCACGGGCAGAAAAAUAUUGCGGUUCGUAAUAUUCAUGAUUGGUCGGAUCGUACUGUCCCUCUUGAGGAAUUUGCGAAGCACUGUCGCUCAACACCGUGUUUUCUUACGCCAGGAGAGACUGUCAGGUGGUAUGGAAAGGAUGCCGAAUGUCCAGCAGACUGGUAUGAAUGGCUGCACAAAUCUGGGGUCAUUCCAUCCCGCCUCCUCCCAGACGAUCCGCGAAACUGUUUGACGAAUCUACCAAAAUCUGCUGCCGUGGAAACCCUGAUGUGCUACCUUGGUAUAGGCGAAACUUUCACGCCGUGUCACAAGGAUCUCUGUGCUUCCUCAGGACACAAUCUUAUGUGUUACACUGAGAAUGACGGUUCUUCAUUCUGGUUUAUGACCAAGGGCUCCGAUGCCCUGAAGGUGGCUGAAUACUUUCGCACCAAGCUUAAACAAGAACUGGAUCACGAGAUGCAUGUCGUUACCAUCGAGGAGCUCGCCAGAGCCCCAUUCGACGUCUAUAUAACUCAGCAAAAACUGGGUGAUCUUGUCCUGGUGCCUCCGAGAAGCUGCCAUCAAGUCGUCAACUACGGUGGCAUAACCAUCAAAACAUCAUGGUCCAGAAUGACCCUCAGUGGAUUGACAGUUGCUCUUCAUCAUGAGCUGCCCAUGUAUCAGAGGGUAUGCCGGCGCGAAACAUACCGCAUCAAAUCGACAAUAUAUCAUACUCUACAUCGGUCCCGCGUCGAACUUGAGGACCUUAUGCAGAGGGACAGACCUCAUGGUACAGAGGACGUCGCAGCCCGUCUUUCGAAUCUAUUGCGUCUUUUCGAUUACAUUCUCAAGGAUGAAUGUCCGCUGAAGAAUAUCUCCAGCCCAAUACCUGCAAUUUCGGAGACGUCUGGAUGCGACGAAAAGGACGAGGACGUUCAUGUAGUCUGCGAUUUCUGUGGCGCCGAUGCGUUUCAGAGUUUCUUCGAAUGCUUAACCUGCGUGCCUGCUAUUUCUAAAUCUUCCGGUAGUACGACUCGUGGCAGCGGUUAUGCUCUCUGUCCCGCAUGUUAUUCUGAAGGACGAAGCUGUCGUUGCGAGACCAUGACGGCUGUGCAAUGCCGGCCUUUUGAGGCCCUUGUUAAAGAACGGCGGAAGGCCGUCGAAGUAUUGAAGGACUGUAAGGCUUUGAAGCUCUUGCCGCGUUUUGACUGUGAUGAGGAAAGGGAUCUAUUCUUCGACCGAUCAGGAGUUUUCCGAGCUGCCUGCAUUUUGGCACGCAAACGAAGAAAGGACACUCGAACAUGCACGAUCCCUGGCAGUAAUUCACACCUGGUCCCUUCAACCUGGUCUCUUUACUGCGAAAAAUGCCAUGCAUCGAAGUGCUAUCUCCAUCUUGCUACAAACUACCGCAUGCACUCGGUGGAAGCCCUGUUACUCCAUGGCAAAGGCAAGAAAAACAUGAAUGUAUCGUAUCACCAGAGGCACGUUGAUCUCAAGAGGGAUUACUUGAAGAAGUUGCCAAUUUUCCGUCGAGCUACUGAAAAUGGGACGAUCCCGGAUGCGAGUAUAAGAUCGGUGUUCAACGCGUCCACUCUUGAUCGGUGCAAACCCAUGAAUCCUACUUUCAUGAAAUUAGGGUGGUAUGACAGACAUGCCGAUAUCAUCAUGACAAACAAUGACCCCGUUGAAAGGGGAGCUGAUGCACCAGAAUGUAUGGAAGGCUCCUCUUUGUCUUCGUUAUCUUCGGAUUCAGGUUCAGCGGCCAACACACCUUCAGUCCGUGGGGCAUCACACCCAUCUUCAAGCGAUAAGCCCUCUUCGUUUGCGGCCUGCAAGGAUCACGAGCCGAUGCAGUCUAGGAAGCGCAAACACGUCGUCAGUGUCAUGGUUCCGACACUGUCUUCACUGAAACUGCAACCUCAAAUGUUUCUUAUCAUGCCGUCGUUAUCAAAGCCAGCCAGUAGUAGGCGAGAAGAAUAUCGUCCACCACAGAAUGAUCGUUCAUCCGCUAUGCAAGCCUCUCAGUCGAUGCCGGAGCCGUCGGGGAAGCGGAAUAGCGCUCCCGCUAAGGCGGCCCCAAGAUUAUCACCAUCUGCUAUUAGUCAGUCAGCCAGUAGCACCGUUGCAUCACGAAAAGGAGAUCUGCAUGCAGUAUGUACUAUGGUCGACCGGCGACGAACUCUUCCACGACGAUAAUAUCUUCGCCGCCAGCCAACCGUAGUCGCGACAUUGGACCCGCAGAGACGGGGGCCAAAUCAUCACAUUCUACUGAUCGGUCGUCUCGUGGUAAUGAUCCAAAACCUUCAGGCUCAAGGCUACCACCAAGGUUCCCGUCGAAGGAA